AUGGAAUACGAUAUAGCAUCCUUUCAUGUUAAUUCAUUUAAUUAUUUAUUGGAUGAGGGUAUUAAUUUGGCGAUUUCGGAUAUUCCUGCUGAAAAAUUGCGAUUGGCAAAUGGUGAUGCUGUCGAAAUAAGAUAUUGCGGAGCUACUGUCGGCUAUCCAACUCUCAAAGAUGAUUUAAUUGUACCGUGUAAUGAUGAUUUAAAAUUGUUUCCGGCCGAAUGUCGGCAGCGUGAACUGACAUAUAAAGCGCCUAUCGAAUUACCCAUAAUGCUGAAAUCGAAUCGGUGCCAUUUGAAUGGCCUUUCACGUGAACAAUUAAUUAAGCAUGGUGAAGAAGGUAAUGAAAAGGGUGGCUAUUUCAUUUGUAAAGGUACUGAAAAGGUGAUUCGUCUUCUGGUAGCCAGUCGACGUAAUUAUCCAAUUGCUCUUAUUCGAAGAAAUUUUCGCGAUAAGGGAGAUUUAUUUACGCAAUACGGAGUUCUAAUGAAAUGCAUUAGACAGAAUCAUUCGGCUACCAUCAUGACUCUCCAUUAUCUAGAAAACGGAACUAUUACGAUUGCAAUUCAGUUUCGUAACGAGCUUUUCUACUUGCCUUUAAUGUAUAUCAUCAAAGCACUUGUAAUGCAAAGUGACCAAAGUAUAUACCAACAUUUUAUUCGAGGUCGUGCAAAAGAUUUGUUUUGGGCAGGAUGCGUUUCAUCAAUGUUGCUGUGUUGCCAAGAAGAUGGUAUAAGAGACCAAGAAAGUGCUUUGAUUGCUUUGGGUUCGCGAUUCCGAGUAACGCUGGAGGAUCGAAUAGGUUCAUGGGAAACCGAUCAGCAAGUGAUGAAAUGUUUAUCAACUUUUGUAGCGGAUAUGUCGGCAAAGGCGACUUUCUGUGAUGGCACUGUUAAUGCAAGUGGUAUUUAA